UAUAGCAAGAAGAGUAUGAGCAGAAUUGGGUACAUAAAGUACUCGGCUUCAAUAAGGAGAAGAGGCAGGACACCACAGUUUGCUGUACCUCCCAGAACAGAGAGGAUGGCUGUGGAUCAGGACUGGAGCAGUGUUUAUCCAACAGCAGCUGCCUUUAAACCUGCCUCUGUGCCUCUCCCAAUCCGAAUGGGUUACCCAGUGAAGAGAGGAGUACCUCCCCCAAAAGAAGGCAACUUGGAACUUAUUAAGAUUCCCAAUUUUUUGCAUCUUACUCCUCCUGCAAUUAAGAAGCACUGUGCAGCUCUUAAAGAUUUCUGCACUGAAUGGCCAAGUGCUCUGGACAGUGAUGAGAAAUGUGAACAGCAUUUUCCCAUUGAAACCGAAACUAUAGAUUAUGUUUCUUCAGGGACGUCUAUUCGCAAUCCCAAAGCAAGAGUGGUGACUUUAAGAGUUAAACUUUCUAACCUGAAUUUGGAUGACCAUGCAAAGAAGAAGCUUGUUAAACUUGUAGGAGAGCGGUACUGCAAGGAGACAGAUGUGCUCACGAUUGUCACAGACAGGUGUCCCCUAAGAAGACAGAACUAUGAUUAUGGCAUGCACCUGCUCACAGUUCUGUACCACGAAUCUUGGAAAACUGAGAAGUGGGAGAGUGAGAAGUCUGAGGAAGAUAUGGAAGAGUAUAUCUGGGAAAAUAGUCGCUCUCAGAAAAAUGCCUUGGACACGUUGCUUCGAAUAAAAGCCUCAGAGAAUGUCAGUAAUGCCUCUAAGGAAGAGCUGCUUGGAUCUGAAGUGGUUAAGAAUUACAGAAACUCUGUAAUUGCACUUAAAAAUGAAGGUGAAACAGAAAGUAACAUGUCUCAGUAUAAGGAAUCUGUGAAAAAGCUGUUGAAUAUACAAGCAUGAAAGCAGACUCUGCAGGUACACCUGAUCAUUAUAGAAAUAUUAAGCUACUAUUAAUAUUUCUUAGUGAUAUGGAUAUAUAAUUAUGCAGAACCUUAACCAAAAGUGUGAAACUUGAUGUUGAUAAUCACAGUAGUAAUCAGUUUUCUCUUUACUGCUCAAUUUUUUUUGUAAGCAUAGUUGUCCUGUCCAUGAAUCUUGUUCUUUGAAUAAAGUAUGUUUGGAUUCAUAUUGAUAACUUGGACGUUUUAUUCUAUGUUUGCUUAGCAUGAGACAUCCUGUUUCAGUCCUCUGCUUAAUCACACUUUGAUUUCUCACAGAACUUUUUAAGGCAUAUAACUUAGAGCAACAAUGUCAAAACUUAAGCUCCCAGUUCCAUUAAUUAGAAGUCUGAAAGUUAAGAACUCUAAACUUUCUAAAUGCUUUUCAAAUGUCACUCAGAUUUUGCUCUAUCUUUACUCCCUAUCUGUAAAAUAAAGAUAAUGUGUCUAAGUAGUUUUAACUUUUGGAGAGGUGUUGAAGCACAUGGGAGAGUGUGAGGUACUCAACUGUCACCAUGAGGGCUAACAAAUACCCUAAGGAAAAAUACCUCUCUCUAAAAUGAUGGAAUAAAAUGAGGUAGAAAAUGGGAUGGUAGUGGGAAUGUGAACUAGCAGUUGUUGGCAGUUGUUGAGAAGAUUCCAAAGCACAUGGGAAAGAAGAAUGAUGAGAGUUGCUAAAAGUAAGAGCUGGUGAGUAGUGAGGUAUGUAGCUAAAUAGGAAUGGACUCAGUCUUGGCGCCCUGAGGCCCGCUGAGUUCUCUCUUGAAUCUACCCAGGCUUUUCAAGGGAAAAAAAAUUGGUUUUAGCAUCCAGCUUACUGGUAUGCAGCACAGAGAGAGAAAUUAUAUGGAUGUUUAGCUUAUAUUUGGUAAUUUGUACUUGAAAGGCAUUGAUUUGAAACAGUGGAAUCACAGGCAACUUUUUUUGCCUUCUCACAGCAAAAAAACAAAAGCAAAACAAAAAUCCCCACGUAAAAAUAGCAGCUUUCAGGACAUAAGUAACUCUUGCUUUUAUUGUACCUUCCUGGCUUACUAAGAUUUCAGCUUAGAAAGUCAUUCUCUGGAAGGGGCAGAGGGAGUUAAGGAUUCUGCAUACCUAUGAAAGUACCAAACAUG